AAAUAUCAAAAAAAAAAAAAAAAAAAAAAAAGAUGGAGGAUAUAAUUGAUUGCGAAUGUCGAUUGACCGCUAAGCUGUUGGAAAUGUUGAAAACUACCAAUUACGAAUUGGUACAGGAAAACGGUCAAAGACGUUUGUCCGCUCCUGAAAUCUAUCGUGAUGGAAGAGAACGUGCAAAAGGUGCCGAGGUAUUCGUCGGUCGUCUUCCACGCGAUUGUUACGAGGACGAAUUAAUGCCGGUACUCGGUAAGGCUGGUCGAUUAAUGGAACUUAGAUUGAUGCUCGAUUUUUCUGGAUCUACGCGUGGUUAUGCUUUCGCCCUUUACGAAAACUCCAAAACAGCUAAGAGGGCUUGCAUGGAGCUCGACGGUUACGAAAUAAGACCGGGACAUCGUAUCGGCGUUGUCAAGUCGAUCGACAAUUGUCGUCUUUUCUUUGGCGGUGUACCGAAGAACAAAACAAAAGCGGAAUUUAUGGAAGAACUGACGAAACUUCUCGAAGGGAUAAUAGAUAUUUAUUUGUAUCCGAACGCGCAGGACAAGUCAUUGAAUCGUGGAUUCAUAUUCGUCGAAUUUAAGGAUCACAGAGCCGCUGCAAUGGCCCGAAGAAAACUUAUUCCAGGACGAGUGAUGCUUUGGGAACACGAAAUCGCCGUUGAUUGGGCCGAUCCUGAACCAGGUGAUCCGAUCGACGAAGACAUCAUGCAAACCGUAACGGCGUUAUUCGUAAGGAAUCUAUCGUUAAAUAUGCCGCAGCAAAAGGUCAAGGAGAUUUUUCAAAAGUCGACGAGUAUACCUAUAUUGAAGCUGAAAAAAAUAAAUCAUUUUGCCUUUAUACAUUACGAAUCACGACAGGCCGCACAGAAAGUAAUGGACAUAAUGUCGCAACACAAUAGCAUCGUCGAGCAAGAAGGUUGGGAAAUUCGUUGGGCGAAACCGAUUUGUGCGUCGAAACUCUUAGAAAGGCAGAAAUGUAUAAACGAAGCUGCGACGACUGGUAGAAAUGCUCGUUUCAAGCCAUUAUUGUCAAAGAAUUAUUAUCUCCAAGCCCUUCCAGAAGUAUACGAAGAAAAUAGUAAUAAGGGUACCGCUCACGUCAUCGCCUUACAAAGUUUGGUUAAGGAAAAGUUAGGUGCAAUGUGCUCCUUCGAAUGUUGGAGAGCUCUUGACGCUCCAGGCUUCAUUUGUAAGAUAACCGUUUUCAAAGCACAUGCUACGCUUUUUGAGUAUCACGGAGAUAUAAUGUCUACGAAACAUAAAGCAAUCAGCACGACGUCGUUAAAAAUGUAUCAUUACUUGUCCAAAUCAUUGAACAAUUCCGCCAUUCAGGAUAUAGGGCAAGAUUACACGAAACAAAAUAUGGAAUUUGAUGGGAUGCAAAGAAAGCCGUUUUUUACGUUGGAAAAACAAUUGUAUAAUACUUUUAAUAACGGAAGUUUUUAAUUUCUUAUUAUAAUUGGUAAUGUGCGUCGUAGAAAUCUACGAGGAAUUAAUGAUAGCCAAAAGUAUUUUUCAAAUGAAAGUUAUUAUUCUUUUCUUUUCUUUUUUUUUUUCCUUUUUUUUCUUCUCUUUUAAUUGGCUACUCGAUCAUUAGAUUCUAAAUUGAUCAAAUAUACUCGCACGAAUCUCCAUGUGAUCUUGAAUUUUACAUUUACAUUAUAUCACAUCUUUUUUACUUUCCGAUGAAAUGUCAAAAUAAUGAUAAUAUCUUGAUUUUUAUCAAAUUGAACGUCAAAUUCUAUAGGAUAAAAACUUUUUAUAACGUUUUGGUGGUUUAUAAUAAUCUAUUUAAAAACAAAUUGAUUGAUUGGCAUCGCUUUAGAAAGAAUCUACUUGAAUUUUUAUAAAUAUAUAGGUGAAUCAUUAUUUACUCCGGUGGUGUGCCAUGA